ACUCAAAAAGUUUAAGCUCUUGGAGAGAGUGUAAUUUAAGUAUUUAUACUUCAACAGUAAUUUUUGUGCCUUGUUUGAAAAAUAUGUCAAUUUUAAUAUAUUCUUGUUAUUUACAAUGUUUGGCUCACUUUGAGGAAGCCUUUGCCUUGUUCCUCACCUCUCGCCUAGGAUCUAAAAGGAUCCCUAGCUCCUCAAUUCACCUUGCACCUUAAACAACACUGUUUUUGUUGAAGCUACACAAUUACAUAUUUUAGACCUAUAAUUUUACCAAUACUAACUAGCAGGCUUGGGACCUUUAAAUGUCCUGGUUUGCAAUAUGUUCCAAAAGCAAUCUAGAUGUCAUUGUGACAUCAAUUUCAGUUCCAUCUUACAAAUGAAUCUUCACAAAAUUCCACGGAAUACUGGUGUUUCUAUGGCUCCAUAGAUGUAUUUUUAUUACUUUGUUGCAUCACUUAGGGUGUUUGAAAUGCAUCAGCAUGGAAGUGGUACCUAGUUCUCUGGUAUUGUCUGACGUUAUUCCUAUAGUACACUUAGUUUCAAGUAUAUUGGGGCUUUUGGGCACUGUCUUCACCUUGUAACCCUUUGCUGCUGAGCCUCCAGAAAUAACAAGAGUAACCAUGGGGAUGAUAGUCACGAAUCAUUAUGUGUAAGCAUAGCAAUUUGCCUUCUUGAUUAAAUGAACUAAAUUUUGUAAUAAAAGAAGGUUGAAAGAAUUAGAUAGCGGAUUCAGAUAAAACUGAAAAUUUUUGUUUCACACUCUUCCUUUAGGUUCGAUAUUUUGUUUUCUAGGUAACUUCUCCGAACUGGUUUAAGUCUUUUAUAUCAUUGCGUUGGACUUGUGAAAUCUUCUGUACGUACUGGAAUCUUGUCAGACUGUAUUUUGGCCAAAUUUGAAGUCAUGCAAGACAUUAUUACUGUUUUCCUAAAGCAAAUGAUACUGAUGGAGCAAUAUGGAUCUAUUUCAUUUAUAUUUUACUCUCUGGAAGAUAACUCAUUUGUGCCUCUAUUUUGAUGAAUUAGAGAACUUCUCCACACUAAAAAGAGACAGGAGGAAGCAAUUUUUCGUUUGCAAGCUGUAUUAGGGAAUACCAUGCUAAGUUGUGAGAUUGAAAUGGCUGGUCCUGAAAUUUCUGCAUGUUCACAAGGGUUCUCGUUCCUUCCUCCUUCUAUGACAGAAGACAUGUUCAGUUUGGAGCUGUCUGCAAAAUACCCAAGUGGGUUUCUUGCCUUGAAUUCGAUAUCUGUUAAGGUGGACAACUCCCUCAGCCCCUCUCACACACUGGUCCAAAUCCUCUGUCAAGAUCACAAGGGUCUCAUUUAUGAUAUCAUGAGAACUCUAAAAGAUUACAACAUCCAGAUUUCUUAUGGUCGAUUCUUUGCAAACCCAAAAGGAAACUGCGAGAUGGACUUGCUCAUAAUGCAAGCAGAUGGGAAGAAGAUAGUUGACCCUGAUAAGCAAAGUGCACUGUGCUCACGUCUGAGAGUGGAACUUGUCCGCCCUUUAAGGGUCGAUGUGGUGAGCCGAGGUCCUGAUACUGAGCUUCUUGUAGCUAAUCCUGUUGAGUUAUCAGGCAGGGGCCGACCUCUUGUCUUUUAUGAUAUUACCCUUGCUCUCAAGAGUCUUAACACACACAUCUUUUCGGUUGAGAUAGCGAGACACAGGCUUCAUGAUCGGGAGUGGGAAGUGUACAGGAUCCUACUGGAUGAAAGUGAUGGCUUUUCUUUGCCAAGGAACGAGAUCAAGGAAUGUGUUACAAAGAAAUUGAUGGGUUGGGAAUGAUAUCGAUGACAGCAGUUACGAUUCCAAGUAUCGGCCGAUAUUUAUACGACUCAGUCAAGUCGUAUCCAACCCUGCACGUUCCAAUCCAAUACAGUUCCACGGAUUUUGUAUACUAUGAGUUUCAUGACCGAUGUGUCUUCGGUGAUUUCCUAGUCAACGGCUGAUAUAACAAUCUUGAAUCAUGUCAACAUACAGUCAGGAGUUUCAUACACACUGUACAUCACACAUCUCUUUAUCUUUUCCCCCUCCAGGCCUACGAAUCGCUACUGCUGCAACUUGUAUAUUAUCUAACCCAUCUCAAGAAAAGGAAAGAUUUAGUUUUUUCCAUCCUCCACUUUGCCUUUUAUUUAGAAUGUGGCAAUCAUAGCUAGCAUCUCCCUGUGUAUUUCCAAAAUCUUUCCACAGUUCAAUAUAAUCUACCAUGUAUAUACCUUCAAUGUACUGCAUGAGGUUAAUGUAACUAAAUUGUUUGAUGGAUAAGGUGUUGUAUCUCCUUGUAUAUAUUGAUCAUUUGAUUGUCUUGGGAGAAUACAGAUCUGUGCAUCAAUGCAGGU